AUGGAGGCCUGGCUGCUGUUGCCCUGGAAACCGAGCCUUGCACCUGCUUCCCGAUUGCGUCAGCAGCCCGCAGGCGGCGAAGUAGGGAUGGCGAGCAGCGAGCAGACGGGGGAGUCGCUGCGAGGGGACGCUACGGGCAUACAGGGGAGUUUGCCUCCAAAGAAGGAAGUAAAAAUCUACGUGGGUCUCAGCAAAAUGCAAAGGGAAUGGUAUACUCGGAUAUUAAUGAAGGAUAUAGAUACACUAAACUCUGCAGGGAAGAUGGACAAAAUGAGGCUACUGAACAUCCUGAUGCAGUUGAGGAAAUGCUGUAAUCACCCAUAUCUCUUUGAUGGAGCUGAACCUGGUCCACCUUAUACAACGGACAUGCAUCUGGUUACCAACAGUGGCAAAAUGGUGGUGUUAGACAAACUGCUCCCUAAAUUAAAAGAACAAGGUUCACGAGUACUAAUCUUCAGUCAGAUGACGAGGGUAUUGGAUAUUUUGGAAGAUUAUUGCAUGUGGAGAAAUUAUGAGUACUGUAGAUUGGAUGGGCAGACACCCCAUGAUGAGAGACAAGAGUCCAUCAAUGCAUACAAUGAACCAAACAGCACAAAGUUUGUUUUCAUGUUAAGCACACGUGCUGGUGGUCUUGGCAUCAAUCUUGCUACCGCUGAUGUAGUAAUUUUGUAUGACUCAGAUUGGAAUCCCCAAGUAGAUCUUCAGGCUAUGGAUCGAGCCCAUAGAAUUGGACAAACCAAGACAGUCAGAGUGUUCCGCUUCAUAACGGAUAACACUGUAGAAGAAAGAAUAGUGGAACGUGCUGAGAUGAAACUCAGACUGGACUCAAUAGUUAUCCAGCAAGGAAGACUUGUGGAUCAGAAUCUGAACAAAAUUGGGAAAGAUGAAAUGCUUCAAAUGAUAAGGCAUGGGGCAACACAUGUAUUUGCUUCAAAGGAAAGCGAGAUUACUGAUGAGGAUAUUGAUGGUAUUUUGGAAAGAGGUGCAAAGAAGACUGCAGAGAUGAAUGAAAAGCUCUCCAAGAUGGGUGAAAGCUCACUUAGAAACUUCACAAUGGAUACAGAGUCGAGUGUUUAUAACUUUGAAGGAGAAGAUUAUAGAGAAAAACAAAAGAUUGCAUUCACAGAGUGGAUUGAACCACCUAAACGAGAAAGAAAAGCCAACUAUGCUGUUGAUGCUUAUUUCAGGGAAGCUCUUCGUGUCAGUGAACCUAAAGCACCCAAGGCUCCUCGACCUCCAAAACAACCUAAUGUUCAGGAUUUCCAGUUCUUUCCUCCACGUCUAUUUGAAUUAUUGGAAAAAGAAAUUCUAUAUUACAGAAAAACGAUUGGGUACAAGGUGCCUCGAAAUCCUGACCUACCAAAUGCAGCACAGGCACAAAAAGAAGAACAGCUUAAAAUUGAUGAAGCUGAACCCCUUAAUGAUGAAGAGUUAGAGGAAAAAGAGAAGCUUCUAACACAGGGAUUUACCAAUUGGAAUAAGAGAGAUUUUAACCAGUUUAUCAAAGCCAAUGAGAAGUGGGGUCGUGAUGAUAUUGAAAAUAUAGCAAGAGAAGUAGAAGGAAAAACUCCAGAAGAAGUCAUUGAAUACUCAGCUGUGUUCUGGGAAAGAUGCAAUGAGCUGCAGGACAUAGAGAAGAUUAUGGCUCAGAUUGAAAGGGGAGAGGCAAGAAUUCAAAGAAGAAUUAGUAUCAAAAAAGCACUUGACACGAAGAUUGGACGGUACAAAGCACCUUUUCAUCAGCUGAGAAUAUCUUAUGGUACUAACAAAGGAAAAAACUACACUGAAGAAGAGGAUCGUUUUCUGAUCUGUAUGCUUCACGAGCUUGGAUUUGACAAAGAAAAUGUUUAUGAUGAAUUGCGACAGUGUAUUCGCAACUCUCCUCAGUUCAGAUUUGACUGGUUUCUAAAGUCCAGAACUGCAAUGGAGCUCCAGAGGAGGUGUAACACUUUAAUUACCUUGAUUGAAAGAGAAAACAUGGAACUAGAAGAAAAGGAGAAGGCAGAGAAAAAGAAAAGAGGACCAAAACCUUCAACCCAGAAACGUAAAAUGGAUGGAGCACCUGAUGGCCGAGGAAGAAAAAAGAAACUGAAACUAUGAAUACAUAUUUGUUUCAUAAUCACUAACUUUAAACCAGUAGUUCUUUAAUUUACGGGUCUUCAUAAGAUGUACUGUACAAUGCUCAAUUGUUAUGUCAUUCAAAGACAUCAGGUUCAUCUGUUUACCAAGCUAGAAACAUAGUAUGUAGUUUCACUUUUUUAAAUGCAACAGCUGUGCUGAAAUUUUUUUAUCAUUAACACU